AUGGCCGACUUGAUUCGCGACGCUCCCAUCGGACAAAUCAUUCGUUGGAUCACCAAUAACCGCCGUCUACAAUACCCCGAAGAGAAGCCCGGGUUUAAGCUCCCUACGAAAUGGACGCACAAUCCAUUCAAUGACUUGGAUUCUGGCUUAUGCUCGCCAACCACGAUCCGCAGCGGACCUUCGUCGCCUCGUCAACCCGGCUUCGACGGCGACGGCGACUACGAACUGGAGACAAUUACGUUUGACAGAAAAAAGUCCAUCGGCUCACCUCGUGCGAGUGAAUUCAACAAUGAACUCAAAGAUGACAGUAAUUUGCAUGUGGUGGACUGGUAUGGAAGCAAUGACUCUGACAAUCCUUACAAUUGGUCAAAUGGCAAGCGGUUCUUGAUAACGCUCAUCAUUUGUCUGUAUACCUUUGUCGUGUACAUGUCAUCUGCAAUCUAUACAAGUUCCACAGAAGGCGUCAUGAAAGAAUUCAAAGUCACCAUAGUCGAGGCUACUCUAGGAUUAUCACUCUACGUCCUCGGCUAUGGCAUCGGGCCAUUGAUCUUCUCACCACUCAGCGAGAUACCAUCCAUUGGUCGAAACCCCGUCUACAUCAUCACCAUGACGCUUUUUGUCAUCAUCUCUGUGCCCACAGCGUUCGCGUCGGAUUUCCAUACCCUCGUUGCACUUCGCUUUUUCCAGGGCUUCUUUGGCUCGCCCUGUCUAGCUUCGGGAGGUGCUUCGGUUGGCGACAUUUACAGCAUGGAGGCACUGCCCUAUGCUAUGCUGGCCUGGGUCUCUGCUUCCUAUUGCGGCCCUGCCCUGGGACCCCUUUUGAGUGGAUUUUCUGUUCCCGCCAUGCACUGGCGAUGGUCCUUGUUCGAGACCAUCUGGGCCUCUAUUCCUGUGCUGGUCCUCAUGUUCCUCUUCCUCCCGGAAACAAGCAGCGAGGGUAUCCUGUUUCAACGCGCCCAGCGACUUUCUAAACUAACCGGCAAGCGAUUCGUAAUCCGGAGCCAUAUGGACAAGACACAUGGCAGCCGCACUUCGGCCCUUGUCGGAGCCCUCAUCAAGCCCAUCGAGAUUUCAUUCAAAGAUCCGGCCGUGCUUCCACCUAUCGUCCACACCCUACAUUUCUCUGACCAUCAACUCGCAGUCUUUGAAGUCUUUCCGCUAGUCUACCCCGUCUAUUACGGCAUGAACCUGGGCCAAAUGGGCCUUGUGUUCCUGUGUGUUCUCAUCGCUUGCAUACUAGGCGUAAUUGCCUACAGCGUAUGCCUCUACUUCUUGGGUCGCAGUGGCUUUGCCACACAAGAGAGACGCCUGCUUCCAGCACUGGGGUUCUGUUUUGGGCCUACAAUCGGGCUUUUCAUGUUUGCCUGGACAGCCAGACCUUCCAUUCACUGGAUUGCACCCACCAUUGGAAUUACCAUAUAUGGAGCCAGUGUCUUUGUUGUUUUCCAAUGUCUCUUCAUCUACAUUCCGCUCAGCUAUCCCAAUUAUGCCGCCAGUCUUUUCGCCGCCAAUGACUUUUUCCGCAGCGCAAUGGCCUGUGCAAGCGUUUCGUUUGCCCAUCCCUUGUUCACCAAUCUGGGUGUCGCCAGAGGUGUCAGCGUCUUGGGUGGACUGAGUUUAAUUGGAAUUGCAGGUAUCUGGCUUCUUUAUUGGUUCGGCGGGAGACUCCGUGCCAUGAGCAAGUUUGCAGCCAAGACUUGA